CCGGCGCUGGUGGCAGAGUAUCCCCCGAGUGGAGACGGUGUAUCCUCGGCUGGUUACACUGUAUCCCCGCCGCUGGCAGCGUCAGUCCAGCUCCGGACAGGGCGGGCGAUAUGGCCACGGGAGACGAGCCUCAGCCCUCGGGCUCGGCGGUGGCCAAUCUGAGCCGCAGUGUGGAGAAGGCGCUGGAGGAGGCGGUCAGCAACGGCAUCCUCAACCUGAGCAACAGGAAACUGCGAGAGUUCCCCCGAGCAGCCACUAACUAUGACUUGUCGGAUCUGAUCCAGGCUGACCUGUCGAAGAACAGACUUUCGGAGAUCCCAUGUGAGGUUUGCCAGUAUAUCUCACUGGAAACACUGAAUCUGUACCACAACUGUGUGAGGAAUAUCCCCUCAACCAUUACUAACCUCCAGGCACUCACCUACCUCAAUGUCAGUCGCAGCCAGCUGUGUGUGUUACCCCCGUACCUUUGUUGCCUGCCCCUGAAAGUCCUCAUUGCCAGUAACAACAAGCUGACAUCACUGCCUGAAGACAUCGGCUGCCUCAGACAACUCCGAGAACUGGAUGUGAGCUGUAAUGAGAUCCAGAUCCUGCCAUCGCAGAUUGGGAAUCUGGAAUCACUGCGAGAUCUCAACGUGCGCCGGAAUCAGUUGGUCACUCUCCCAGAAGAAAUUUCCGAGCUCCCGCUUGUUCGCCUCGACUUCUCCUGCAACAAGGUCACACGGAUUCCCGUUUGCUACAGGCACCUCCGGCACCUCCAGAACAUCCUACUGGACAACAACCCCUUACAAUCCCCACCUGCACAGAUCUGCACCAAAGGGAAGAUCCACAUAUUUAAAUAUUUGAACAUCGAAGCCUGUAAAACCGUGCCUGAUCUCUCAGAUUUGGACAGGUCGAUCAGACCACAGGGAUUUAGUUCCUGUCUCUCUGAUGAAUUCUGUGGUAGCCGACAGCACAGUGGCCUGGACUCGGGAUUUAACAGUGUGGACAGUGGCAGUAAACGCUGGUCAGGGAAUGAGUCCACAGAUGAGUUCACAGACCUGUCCCUCCGCAUGGUGGAAAUAUCCCGAGAGCAGAGACAGCUGAGAGAGGCUCGCCUGGCACCAUCGGACAACAGUGCAACUGUGGAUCAAGAUCUGGAGCAGAUUGAUUUUAUCGACAGCAGUGUGAACGGUGAGGAGGAGGAGGACGUGAAGUCGGAGACGGACACAUCUGUUCCCAGCAAGUGCCCUCGCGCACACCACUCGCUGGAGGAUAGCAAACGGAAGAAGAGCUGGUCCGAGAAGAGCAGCCUUACCGACAGGCUUCCUCACAAUGGGACGAGUGGACAGGUGUCUCCGGGGAAAGAGGAGGGACAUCGGGAGGGUGAGGAAAGGAGGCGGCCUGAGACGCUGCAGAUCUGGCAAGAGAGAGAGAAGCAGCAGCAGAGUCAGAGCACACAGAGACGUGAAAGGGUAAUCAGUGUCAGUUCAAUGAUUAGGGGCACAGCAUUCAGUCUCCAGACACAGAGCUCACUGAGUGACCUGAACAGCAAAUCAGUGUCUGGUGUCAGCUCUGGGAACAGCGCGGGUUCACAGACUCAGCCCCGGAGUGAGAGCUGUCCUGUAAACCUCUCCAGUAGCCUCUCGACAACGGCUGAUCGACCAGAUGCCCCUUCAAACCCCAGCUCCCUACCCACCACACUGAAGGAACCUGGUCCUGUUAGCAGACCAAACAGCUUCUUGUUCCGAUCAUCCACACGGAGCAACUUGAAGAGUAACUCAGCUGUGAGUCCGGUCUCCCCUCAGAGUCCGAACUACACCUUCCCAGAGUUUCCAGUGGACCUGAAGCCGGCAGUGAGGCAGCGGAACACAGAGCAGGAGACCAGCGAGCAGGAGCUGAUUGCACAGCUUCGAAAGAGCAUUGAAUCACGGUUAAACCGAGCAUUGCCAGAGGACCUGAGUGAGGCCCUGAAUAACGGUGUGACGCUGUGUCAGCUCGUGAAUCAGAUUCGACCCAGAUCCAUUUCCAUCAUCCAUAUCCCCUCCCCCGCUGUGCCUAAACUGAGUUUAGCAAAGAGCAGAAGGAACGUGGAGAGUUUCCUGGAAGCCUGUCGGAAGAUCGGAGUUCCCCAGCUUGAUCUCUGUUUGCCGUCUGACAUUCUCCUGGGUAAAGUCCACAGACUGCGGGGAACGGUGGAAGUGUUACUGGAGCACGCUGAUACACCGCAGACCUCCCUAGUCCAUCAGCUCGCUGGCUUCUCUGCGUUUUAUGUCCUCCUGAUGCUGCUACUUUACUUGCUGUAUUGUCACGUACCAGCCUUCUAACCACAGACUCCUGUCCGUCUGCUACACAGCCCCACUAAUGCUGCCAGGGACAUCGACAGAGGCCCCCCCACCCCCCCCCACCUCACCCCAGGGGGAAAGGGACUGCUCGUACCACAAAGUGUUUUGGUUGUGGAUUUAAGACUAAUACAGAUGCAUAAACGCAAGCCCGCAUAGAAUUACAAACACAGACCCAUGUUACCUGGGCAGACAGGUGCAUAAAUGCAAACCCCCACACUCAACCAUAAACACAGACCCACAUAACUGGACAAACAGAUGCAUAAAUGCGAACCCACACACACAAUCAUAAACACAGACCCACGUGCCUGGACAGACUGGUGCAUAAAUGCAAACCGUCCACAUACACAAUCAUAAACGCAGACCCACAUGACUGCACAAACAGAUGCAUAAACACAAACCCACACACACACAAUCAUAAAUGCAGACCCACAUGACUGGAAAAACAGAUGCAUAAACACAAACCCACACACACAAUCAUAAACGCAGACCCACGUGCCUGGACAGACAGUUGUAUAAACGCAAACCCCCACAUACACAAUCAUAAGUGCAGACCUGCACACUGACAUGCGCAUAAAUGUGCCCCCCCACACAUACACACACACACAGCAGCAGACACAGGCACAAAUGAACUUGCCUAUGUCAGAGCUGCAGACACACACUCCCAGCCGGCCUCUGCAUCUUUUUAGAAGCUGCUGCUUGGUCUUCACCUUCCACAUCUGAGUUUUAGUCUCGAUCCUCAUGGGAUUUGAUUUGUAUGUGGGGAAACGCUUUCAUGAAAUGUGGCCUGUGCAGCUCUGGGAAGAGCUGCUGUCUUAUGCUAAACUCCUGCUCUGUGUCGGUGGAUUCCUGACUUGCCUUGAGGCAACAGGCUCUGGCGUGGCAUGAAGGAUCCUCGACUGUGUGUCUAAUCUUCACCUUCCGCCACAAGCCCUUGAGUGUUCGUCAGCAACAAGACAACCGGGCGUCGGGAGUGAAUGUUGAAGCGAGGGUGUUUGGGGAUGCGGUAAUAGAGGGGGAGGGAGGGGAUUGAUGGGGAACGAUACUCAGCCUGGUUCCUGUCCGAUAUUCACUCGUUCUGGCCUAAUGAAGAAUGUAGAAGAUGUACAGAUUACAGAGAGUGAAGCAUCAAGGAACCUGUAGUUUAACACACACUGCUUAAUACCCCUAGCCUUGAUGGAAUUUCCUUGUUCCUGUUCUCGUACGCUCCUUGAUACAGUUGGUAUCCAACCCAUGAAUUUGUAAAGAAAAGAAUUGUAAAUAUUUUCAGGUAUUUGAAUUUUUUUGCGAGGUUGGUGUCCGAGGUUUGAACUCCUGCUCCUUGCUGUCCGGCCGAUUGCUGGACAGAUUCACCAUGGCCGGAGAUUGUCUGGCCGCUGGCUGUCUCUGCAGACUCUGUCCAGCGGUGUGGGUGGGGAGCCAGGGAUUCAAACUCUUGACCCUUUGUGGUUGGAGGGGCGUCGGGAACUCGACUGCCCCCCCAACUGUGGUACCAAACACUUUGAUAUAGCGUGCCUUAGAUUAACAGAAUGCUGCAAACAGACAGAAGGACAGAAACCACUCCAGCAUUUAUUAGGGGAACAGCCCUUUUUGUUGGGAUUGGGAUUCUGUGCUGUGCCGUCACUCGCUGGACUGUUCCUCUGGUGUUUAAUCAGUUUCGCCUUUUAAAUUAUUAGUUCCUCUAUCCGUGGAAACAUUCCAGAUUUGUGCUGCUGAAAUGAUUAAUUUAUAUAGGUGUUGUCAAUUAAUUUGUAUCUGUAUGGCUCAGCCUGUUAAUGGUGUGUAUGUAAAAUUCACCAUCACCAUUCACACCAGUAAACCGGACUAAAGAGAA